AAUCAUCUGAGUGGUGAGAUUCCACCAGAAAUCUGCACUUUAGCUAAUCUAUAUAGACUAGACUUAUCAUCAAACCGAUUAUCUGGAUCCAUACCUACAUAGAUAGAAAAGCUAAGCAGUCUAGGAUACCUUGAUAUGUCUGGGAACAGAUUGAGUGGAUCAAUACCUAAGGAACUAGGGGCCUGCGUGAAACUACAAUCCUUGAAGAUCAACAACAACAGCUUCAGUGGGAGUUUGCCUGGUGCGAUUGGAAAUUUAGCAGGCCUGCAGAUCAUGUUAGAUGUGAGCAACAAUAAACUCAGUGGUGUGUUGCCGCAGCAACUUGGGAGGUUGCAGAUGCUAGAAUUUCUGAAUUUAUCACAUAACCAGUUCAGUGGCAGCAUUCCAUCCUCCCUUGCAAGCAUGGUGAGCCUUUCAACACUCGAUGUGUCCUACAAUGACUUAGAAGGACCGGUCCCAAUAGCACGGUUACUUCAAAAUGCUUCAGCGAGUUGGUUUCUUCCCAAUAAAGGUCUGUGUGGCAACCUCCCUGGCCUCCCACCUUGUUAUUCAACCCCCAUAGCUGCUCACAAAAAGGGGAAGAUACUUGGUUUGCUUUUGCCAAUUGUUCUUGUGAUGGGUUUUGUCAUUGUUGCUGCAAUUGUCGUAAUAAUACUUGCUCGUAAGAAGAGAAAUCCACAAGAAAGUGUUACCGCUGAAGCAAGGGACCUAUUCUCUGUUUGGAAUUUUGAUGGAAGAUUAGCAUUUGAUGAUAUUGUAAGGGCAACAGAAGACUUUGAUGAUAAGUACAUCAUUGGAACAGGGGGAUACGGCAAAGUCUACAAGGCACAACUGCAAGACGGGCAGCUGGUUGCUGUUAAGAAGCUUCACCAGAACGAAGAAGAGUUGGAUGAUGGAAGAAGAUUUCGUAGUGAAAUGGAAAUCUUAACACAGAUCCGACAACGAAGCAUUGUCAAAAUGUAUGCAUUCUGCUCCCAUCCAACAUAUAAAUUUCUCGUCUACGAUUACAUUCAGCAGGGAAGCCUCCACGGAAUAUUGGAAAAUCAGGAGGGAGCAAAGGAACUAGAUUGGACUAAGAGAAUUGCUCUUGCAACAGAUGUGGCUCAAGCAAUAUUAUAUUUGCACCAAGAAUGCAGUCCACCUAUAAUCCAUCGAGAUAUCACAAGCAACAACAUAUUGCUUGAUACAUCCUUCAAGGGUUUUGUCUCGGAUUUCGGCACGGCAAGGAUUCUUAAGCCCGAUUCAUCAAACUGGAGCGCACUCGCAGGAACGUACGGCUAUAUGGCUCCUGAGUUGUCAUACACAUCUGUUGUGACCGAGAAAUGUGACGUCUAUAGUUUUGGCGUUGUUGUGCUAGAGCUAGUGAUGGGCAAGCAUCCAAGGGAUCUCCUAGACGGUAGUUUGUCGAGUUGGGAAGAAGCUAUGCUGGUGAAAGAUAUUUUAGACCAACGGCCGACGACACCAACAACAACAGAAGAGAAGAGCUUAGCUCUGCUCGUCAACCUGGCCUUCUCUUGCUUGGAAUCUUCUCCACAAGCAAGGCCAACCAUGCGGGAGGCAUACCAAAUGCUCAUCCAGCAACCUUGUUCUAGUCCAAGUCCCGUGCCUUUCAGCGCACUUACAUUACAGCAAGCGAUGCAUGUUGAUGUAUGAUCUGAAUUCUAGUGAGAACCGAGGGUCUAUCGUGGUGGAGGUCGAUAAAAUGUUUCCACUUUUGACUUGAGUCACCCAUAUGCCACCUAUAUAUACCCCAUGUAUUCCAACAUGGGAUGGGUUGAUGGCUUAUUAUAAGUCUACGUAUUUUUAGACACUCCUUAUGCAAUGAAAGAUAACCAUCGUGUGCCUGUGGUUUUUCCCGCAAGGGUUUUCCAUGUAAAAA